UUUAAGGUAACCGGUGAACGAGUCAUACGAUGGGUCAUGGAAAGUAAAACAUAUCUACUAGUUUUUAUCUCCAAGGGAUUGAUCCGAAUAGGAGCGAAUGAAUAGGUACAAUAACACAACAGGAACAACAUCCGUGUAGCCCUUGCUAUGAAGCUAUGAUAAGAGAAAAAAGUCUAAAUUUAGACAAAUUAAUCAUUUGUUUUAAAAGAAGUCGGAAGCUGGGUUAAUGAAUAAUGAGGGGUGAGUAAGUGCGUUAUGGGCGUUUGUGUAGUAUUUUUAACUUGUGCCAUCUGCGGCGCCGAUCGUAGUUGUCGUCUCACGUCAUCGGCGGGUUUCUUCCAAUAAUGUUUUUAUUUUAAGUGGUUUAUAAUUAUUAAUGACUCCAUUAAAAUGUUGUUAUCGAUAAAGUAUCGUUCGAACCUCCUAAUUUUGAUCGGCCUGUGUGCUUUUAUACACUAUGGUUCUACAGAGAUUGCUUCCUUCUAUGGAUCGAGUUAUGCGACUGUGCCGUAUCAAGAUGCCAAGACUAUGACUGAUAUAAGUUUUGCAUUUCGAACAAAACAUUUGGACGCUUUUCUUAUUUUAGCAGCUGGCAAAACAGACUACUGUUUUGUAUUACUAGAAGCCGGAAGACUUAAGGUAAAAAUCAAUCUUGGAGCUGGUGAAUCUGAAAUAUCAUCUCCAAGAGGACUUCGACUUGAUGAUUUAAAUUGGCAUACAGUGAAUAUCUCACGUAAAGAUGGUGAUUUAAAUUUAGCUGUUGACAAAAUACAUGUUGUCAGAGAAAAAUUACCAGUUGGAUUCUAUGCAUUAAAUAUGUAUGGUGGAUUGUACAUUGGUGGGCAAGGUGAUUUUUCCGAAUUAUUUUUGGGUCAUACAAAUGGAUUGCGUGGUUGUUUACGAGAUGUUCGUUAUAAUGCAGUUCCGGAUGUUUUAAGUAGAGCACGUUGGAGAAUAGGUAGAGCAGAUUCUCAUGCAGUAUCAUGGAGCUGUGUUAAUGAAUUUGAUGCACCUAGAGAAGCUAGUAUAUCAUUUUUAGAAGAUGGUGCUUAUAUGGCAAUACCUAGUGUUUUAACGUCCCGAACAAAUGUGAAGUGGCAAUUUUCUAUCAAAACUAUAGCUGAAACUGGCUUAAUUCUUUACAAUUCUAAAAAGAGUACUACUGUAGGAAGACAUAGUACAAAUGUAGAUUUUGUAGGUGUAGAACUUGUUAAUGGAAAAGUUCGUGUUGCUCAAAAUUGGGGUUCUGGAGUUUCUGAGUUACUAUCUGAAGUUAAUAUAAAUGAUGGUGUAUGGCAUUCUAUAAAUGUAGCAAUGGAAGCUGGGGGAAUUGAUGUGACUAUUGAUGCACCAAAACAUAGAUAUCGAUUAGCAUUUAACAACUCAGUUCAACCUUCUAAACAUCUAGAUCUUUCAUCAAUUCUUUAUGUUGGUGGAUUAGAAGUUAAUAUGAGAAGUGGAGCUUUGGCUACCGGUAUGUUAUCAGCUAGUAACAGCUUCAAAGGAUGUAUUCGUGGUAUUUCAAGUGAUGGACGUGCACUUGGUCUACCAGAUGCUUUUGAUACAUCUAAAUUAAUUUCACGAUGUGUUUGGUCAUACCCUUGUACUGAAAAACCAUGUGUACAUUCACCUGACAUUGGUUGUUCUCCUAUUGGAAUUGAUUCUUUCAAGUGUACUGGUUGUGUAGAUCUCAAUGAUCCACAGUGUGUUCGUCAAGAAUUUAUCGAUACUCAUAAAGCAAUGUUAAAAAUACCAUUAGUAAUUGCUAUUGAAGUAUUGUCAGUCAAUAAUUUAAUUGUUGUUGAAGGAUCUACAUCUAAUAUUACAACAUCAACAAUAAAUCUUAUCAUGGACUAUAAUCAUUAUGGUGUUAAAGAAUCUGGUGUUUUAUUCAAUAUUGUUCAACCUUACGCUAAACAUGGAAAAAUACUUAUAAAUUCUAAAUCAAUAACAGGAAGUUCAGUGACGUCAUUUAACAUGUUGAAUAUUUUAAAAAAUGAAGUAUAUUAUGUACAUGAUGGAUCAGAAAGUGUUCAGGAUUCAGUAACUCUUGACUUAGAAUUUUUUUCAAAUGAAGGUUUAGUAUUACCAGAUUACCUACAAGAACAACAAAGAUUUGUUUUACCUGUUAACAUUACACCUGAAAAUGAUACACCAAUAGUUCGACUAUCACCUGAUUAUAAUAUGCGCUUAGCUCAAGGAACUUGGAAGGUAAUUGAUAAAGACAAAAUAUUGGUGAUUGACAAAGAUUCAAGUACUGAAAGACUUAUUAUAUCGGUAUUGAAUAUAAGUGGAGGUAAUUUAGAAAUUUUAGACAAUCCUGGAGUAAAACUAGAAACAUUUACUGUUGCUCAAAUGAAUAAUGGUUUUAUUGGCUAUCGUCAUACAUCUAAUGAUACAGGAAAUUUUAGUUUUUCAUUUCAAGUAUCAGAUGGUGAGAAAACAAGUGCAAUCACAACUGUACAAAUUUCUGUAUAUACUUUGUCCUUGACCUAUGUUCAAAAUACCGGUGCUAUUUUAGCAUACAAAUCAUCAGUUAUUAUUGCACCAACAAAUUUGACAUUUAUAACAAAUAGUGAUGAUCCUUCAUUAGAAUUAUCAUUUAAGAUUGUCAAACAUCCAAAGUUUGGAACAUUAAAAUUAGUUGAUGGAGAACGUGCUCAAGAUAAAAUAAAUUUAUUUAAUAGUCAUCAAUUAGAAAAAAAACUUGUUAGUUAUGUUCAUAAUAGUGAAGGAUCACCUACACGAGACUUAUUUAAGUUUGAAGUUUGGGCUGGAAAAGUCAAAUUAGGAGAUACUUAUAAGUUUGAGUUAAAUUUUGUUGAAGUACAUCUGAUAGUUGAUAUUUUUGGUCCAAUUGAGUGGAAUGCAUCUAGUGAAACAGUAGUUACUAGUAAAUCAAUCAAGGUUCAAACUCAUCCUAUAUUAUUACACCCUAGUUCAAUUGUUUUUGAACUAAUUAAGACUUCUCAUACUGCAUCAUUAUAUUUAAGAAAUAAUCCUUUAAUAGAUGGUGAUUUAUGGACUCAAAAUGAUGUAGAAUCUGGUCUUUUAUCUAUAAAACUUCAUCAUGAUACAUAUUCUUCAGCUACAGAUUUUUUUAAUGUGAAAAUUAGUGCACCGAGAUGUCAACCAAUAGUUACUAAACUUCUGAUAUUUGAUUAUACACCUAGUGUGCUAUUAGCUCAAGCAGUAUCAGCUUUUAUUCAUCCUCUUGAUGUUGUUGAAGGCAGUUCAUCCCCUCUUACUGAUAAACAUAUAUCAAUUAAAUGUGUUGGUGUUAAUCAAUUACGUUUUGAAAUUUUAACUGGUCCAGAACAUGGUUAUUUACAUUUGUUAAUAAAUAACAACACAGUAAAAAAUGUCACAGUUUUUACUGAAGAUGAUUUAUAUGACAGUACAUUGUCCUACUCACAUGAUGGAUCAGAAAAUAAUAGAGAUUAUUUUAAAUUUUUGGCAACAUCAAAAAAUGCUAACUUUCAAUAUGUAGGUCAAGUUAAUGUAUCUGUAUUAUUAAUUAAUGACAACCCACCAAGUUGCAAAACUGAAGAAAAUUUGCGUGUUGUAUCUGGAAGUGACAGAACCAUUACUAGUCGUAAUCUACAGUGCCAAGACAAAGAUGUUGAUACUCCAGUUACUUCACUUAUAUUUACUAUAAAUUCUAUUUCAAAUGGUAUGAUUCUUAAUACUAUAAACAAUCCUUUUACAACUGUUAUGAAAUUUACUCAGGAAGAUGUUAAUAGUGGAAGUCUUAUUUAUCGUGAUGAAUCUUCAGAUAAUAGUAAACAAAACAGAAUUAGUGCUGUAGAGCUUGGUGUUUUUGAUGGAAAACAUUCUAUUGAUCUUAAACUACAAGUUGAGUCAUCACCUCCAUUUAUUAAAGUUUUAAAUAAUUCUCAACUAAUGUUAAGACAAGGUGGUGCUGCUACCAUAACUACUAAUCAUCUUUAUGCUGAUACUAAUUUAAACAUACAUUCUGAUAAAAUUAAUUAUCAAGUAAUGGAAGGUCCAGGUCAAGGAGAAAUUGAAUUGGGAACUAAUUUGGAGCCAUUGAAAACUUCUAUUUUUAGUCAAGCAGAACUUGAAGCUGGGCAUGUUCGUUAUCGUCAUAACGGUGAUGUGGAAAGUAUACGUGAUCGUGUAUUAUUUAAAGUUUCAGCUGGUAAUACUGUAUACAGAGAAAUCGACUUUGAUAUUAGACUUUUACCUCAGCAUUAUUGGGAACCACUUGUAGUGACUAAAAAUUCUCCUAUUGUUGUGGAUGAAUCUACUACCAUUGCAAUUACUAAGCAGUAUUUGGAAGUAAAACAAGAAAUGGUUCCGCCAUCAGAUAUAAUGUAUCUUGUUAAAGAGCAACCCCGCUUUGGAUAUCUGGAAAAAGAAUUUAAUGAAGAAGAUCCUAAUAAUCUAGAAAAUAACCAUUUAACUUCAUUCAAUCAAAGUCUUAUAAACAAUGGUCAUUUAUACUAUGUCCAAUCUACAAUGAAUCAGAGUACUGAUAGACUUGUUGUAGAUAUUACAAAUGGAGUAGUUUCUUUGUAUGGUCUUGUAAUAAGUUUUGUUAUUGUUCCAAAAAACGUCUACUUGACCAGUUCUCAAUUAAAUGUUAUUGAAGGAGGAAAUGUUACAUUGUCAAGUGACACAUUUCCUGUUGCUAGUAUUUACUAUACUGAUAGAAUAUCCCGUUACUCUCUAGUUAGUCCCCCAAACCAUGGACGUAUUGUUAGAACAACUGCAGAUUCAUUUGAUCCAACUAUUGAUUUUUGGAGCCCCAAACAGCUAGCUAGAGCUCAGAUAAUGUAUGUACAUGAUGGAUCAGAAAGUACAGAUGAUAUAUUUUCAGUUAAAGUAGCUGUAUCUGAUGAAAAAGAAAGUGCUCCGGUGGAUAUUGAAGUUAAAGUGAAUCCAGUAAACAAUCAAAAACCAUCUAUAUUAAGAAAUACUGGUAUAAAAGUAUGGAAAGGAGGUCUUGGUUUAAUUACAUCUGAUAACUUAGCUGCUGAAGAUAAGGACACUGAUGUUUCAAACCUUACUUUUGCAAUAACAUCUUCAAGAUGUGGUCAUAUUAUCAUAGAAUCUCAAAGAGUUGAACGAUUCACUCAAGCUCAAAUAGAUCAAGGUAUUGUUAAUUUCCAACAUUCUGGAGAAUUUUGUGAUGGAGAAUUAGAAUUAUCAGCUAGUGAUGGAAUAUAUUCUACUAAUAUUAUAAAAUUCCAUGUGGUUGCUGAACAAGCAUCAGUAAAGUUAUUAUUUAAUAAUCCAUUGCGAGUAUUUCCUAUGCUUGGACGACAAUUGACUGCUGAACAUCUGAUGGCCCAGUGUGAUGAUCCUAAUUAUCUUGUUAUGUAUGUAAUAAGAAAUUCACCUAGAUAUGGUAUUAUAUCAAAAAGUGCUUCUUAUGAAGAUUCAAAUCAACUAGCUAUAACAAAUUUCACUCAAACUAAUGUAAAUGACUCAGCUAUCUGGUAUCAUCAUGUUUCAAAAUAUUUCUCUAGUAAUACUACAAAUGAUGUCUUUACAUUUGAUGUGGUUUGUGAACAUGCAACUUCAAUUGUUAAUCAGACUUUCAAUGUAGAGAUUACAGUUUCUUCUGGUGGUCUUGAAGAGUUAUUAAUUGGGGACAAAACUAAAGAACUUGUAGUUAAAGAAGGAGAAUCUUCAAUAGUUAACCUGAACACAACAGCCAUUUUAACAUUUUUGGUCAAUAGCAUUGGUAUUAGAUCACCGACAAUUAAGAUCGACUUGAUUAAUGAGCCAAAACAUGGACAUCUUUGCCUUGAUGACGACUGUAAUCGACGUACAUUCUCUCAAGGUCAUAUGCGUCGUAAUCAAGUUAGAUAUGUUCAUGAUCAUUCCGAUACUCUAUCAGAUAGUUUAGACUUUUCUGUAUACUUGGAUGUUGAUCCUACAGCUGUGCCAUUGUGCAAUGUGACCGUACCAGUUAGCAUUUUACCAGUUAACGAUCAACCAUUCUUUUUGACUCAGUCCUAUCCUAAUUUGAAGUUGGUCCAAGGACAAUCCGUAUCUCUAACGAGAUCAGAACUUUUGACAGAAGAUCCAGAUACGCCUCCCGAACAAAUAGUUUAUGAUAUCAUAACAGGACCUGCCUAUGGGACACUCUACCUAGCAGGUAUUAAAAACUCUAUGAGAUUCACUCAAGCUGACAUAGACGCCGGCGAAGUGGUGUACAAGCACGACGGACAACUAAAGCCAACAUCGUUCUACUUCCGCGUGUGGGACGGUCAGUUCAAUCCAGUCUAUAAAGUUUUCCAGAUAUACGUCAUACCAGUUACAUUGAAUGCCUCCGUUACAUUACCGUUACCACUACUACAAGGGACGUACGAUACCAUUGUAAAAGAAAAACUGUUCUACGUGCAGACCAACGGCGAUAAGGAUUCCGUGGCCUAUAACAUUACUAUGAGUCCCAGACACGGAGUAGUGUAUGUGAACGGCACAAAAUCGAAAUUUUUCUCUCACAAGGACCUGAAGGAAGGCCGUGUAGUUUAUCGACAGACUGACCCGACCGUACCCGCAGACGCCCUACGAUUGUCCGCACAAAUGCAUUGUGAGGAAUCGCCGGUCGUCAGAAACCUCUGGUUGAAUAUAAGCGUGGAGCCACUGGUGAAAACGGGCGCGUUUUAUCCGUUGACCGGGUUGAAAUCACAAUUGGGCGUGCAAGUGCUAAAUGCCGAAAUGCUGGCCAAAACUACCAAUUCGGAUCCCAAGUACAAAAUCCUAAAAAAGCCCAAGUACGGUAAGUUAAAAAGGAUCGUCAGACGAUCAGGGGACAUGGUAGUAAAACGCGAAGAGGAGGUUAUGCAGUUCACGCAUGGCGAGAUUGCCAGCGGUGUCGUAUACUUUGCAGCCAAAAAGGUGUUGGAUCCCGUCGAGGACAGCUUUCCUUUCAUGCUCACGGCCGACGGCGUGCAACCGGCUAUCGGUGAACUCCGGUUUCAUAUAUCCGUGGCCGAGCCACCUUCAAGUACACCCCACCCGUCCAUGACGACGGUCAUGGUCUCUACCAAACAGCAGUCCAACGCGACGUUAUCCGUCAACAAGUCGAACCGCAACGGCUACAGAGUGGACAUGGCCAGCCCUAACAUAAGCGACGACUAUUUGUUGUGCGUCGGGUUCAUAAUGGCUGUAGUGGUCGCUUCGCUGGUCAUCGUUGUACUAGUGCGAUGCCGGUCCAAAAAACAGGCGGAAGAACUAGACAAAAUGAAUCCCAUGCCUUUGCCCUGUCCACCGGACGAUUUAAUGUCCACGCCAUUAUCCGGCAAUAAUAAGAACGGCAACGGCUGUAAGGUCAUAGCGUUGGGUCCUCCCGAUCGCGCGGAUCAACCCGAUUCUUCCACCACAGAAUUCAACAUGAGGUACCCUUAUGGUGCCGCCGACGAAGAGUACUGCAGUAGCAGCGCCGACGGUACGGAACAAAACAACCCCAUGCUCAGGCGGAACCAGUAUUGGGUGUAACAUUAAGAGCGCCUCGUCGACUCUGUCUCGUGUUGUAUAAAACCACAGUGGUGUAAAGUGUUUUUUUACUAUAUUUAAUUUAUAAUAAUUUGUAUAAAAUGAACUAGUCAAAUUCAACGAGUAACGGACUUACCUUUUUUUAUGUAUUAAUGACUUUAGAUUACGCUUAUCAACUUAAUAAUGAUAACACAUAACUCAUUGAAAUCGUUUGACGUCCGUCGUAUAAACCUUUUUCUUUUUUUUAUUGAUUAAAUAAUAAGUUUAUAUGAAAACAUUCUAAUUUUUAGUUACUUAAAUUUUUUUGUGUUUAGGUACAUGCAUAGCGUACGACAAUUAUUUAUAUACGAUGAAUACAUCUAAUGUAUUAUUUUUCCAUGUAAAAAACCCGUUGUGUUUUUGUUAAAUAAUCGAAUUAUUAGCGGUACGUGUCAAAUCACUCGCAACAAUAGUUUAUUAUUAUUAUUAUUAUAAUACUUGUAAUCCUAUUGUAUACUUAUUUAAUCUGUGUGUUCAAUAAUGUAUAAUAAUACUAUAAUGAUGAUUAAUUAUUAAUACAUUUUUUCUAUUGUAUAGUUGUUUUUUUUUAGUUAAA